GAUUGGUUCUUACAUCCACGUGAUCAAUGAUCACGGUACACAAGGAACCCAGACCGUUCUGAACGGUGUUAGUUGGAGGUUAUUCAGAGGUCUGAAGCGCUGUUUGUUUUACAAUCUUAACUGUACAUAAUAAUGAAACCCUUCAUGCUAUUUCAGCGCUUAUUCGGGGCAAGUAAAUUGGUGUGUAACUCACGAAAUAUAGUCCCUGUUGGACUGUGUCGCGGUCAAUGGAGACGGAUAUGCACCUGUACAACACACAAUCAAGAGGCACACCAUUGCAGUACUCCAGUGUUAAAACACUUGACAUCCAAAAUCCGAUCAACUGGUCCCAUCUCCGUGGCAGAGUACAUGAGAGAAGUCUUAACAAACCCAGUCUCGGGUUAUUACGUACAUAAUGAUAUGCUGGGCGCUGAAGGAGACUUUAUUACAUCACCUGAAAUCAGUCAGAUCUUUGGGGAGUUGCUUGGGAUCUGGUGUGUGAGCGAGUGGAUGGCUGCAGGAAAACCAAAGGAGUUUCAGCUGGUGGAGUUUGGGCCAGGCAGAGGUUCUCUUGCCAGUGAUGUUCUGGGGGUAUUGAAGCAGCUGAAGUCAGUGGUGGGUGAAUCAGCCGUGUCUGUUCACCUGGUGGAGGUGAGUCCCAAGCUCAGUGAAGUGCAGGCACAGAGUUUGACUGGAGAGGACAGUAAGGCUGCAGACAACGAGAACGAUCCUGUGUAUCGCAGAGGAACCACGAAAACAGGGCAUCCCGUGUACUGGUACAGAGGCAUGGAGGAUGUUCCAAGAGGCUUCAGCAUUUACCUUGCUCAUGAGUUUUUUGAUGCCUUGCCUAUCCACAAAUUCCAGAAAACAGACAAAGGCUGGCGAGAGAUCCUGAUUGACAUCGAUCCUGAAGUGGCCAACAAACUCCGCUUUGUUUUAGCACCAUCUGCAACUCUGGCUUCCUCCACCCUUCUGCAGGCUGAUGAAGAGAGGGAGCAUGUAGAGGUGUGCCCUGAGGGCGGAGUCCUGGUUCAGAGACUGACCAAUCGGAUCAGUGAAGAUGGAGGUGCGGCUCUGAUCGCGGACUAUGGACACGCAGGAGACAAGACAGACACUUUCAGAGGUUUCCGUGGUCACAAACUCCACGACGUCCUCGUGGCACCAGGAACUGCAGAUUUAACGGCCGAUGUGGAUUUCAGAUACUUAAGGAGGAUGACGGAAGAAAGGGUGCUGUCUUUUGGACCAAUCACACAGCAGCAGUUUUUGCGGAACAUGGGUAUUGAUGUCAGGCUGCAGGUACUCCUGAGGAGCUGUACCGAUUCAUCCACACGGAAGCAGUUAGUUCAGGGAUUUGACAUGAUGAUGAACCCUGAGAAAAUGGGAGAAAGAUUUAAGUUUUUUGCCCUGGUGCCACACAGCAGAAUAGCCGUUCAAACACGGGGGAAGAAAGCUGAACAGAAAGGAGGAGCCGCACCUCCUGUGUCAGGUUUCAGUGAGCUGGGGCUCUGAACCGACUCUCCAGCUCUUCCAGGUCUGGUUAUCAGUGGAGGCAGACUUAGCUUCUGUUACACAGAGCAGCGGGCUUGUACACUUUCAGUGUAAUACCAGGCUGGCUUGUACACUUUCAGUGUAAUACCAGGCUGGCUAGUUCACUUUCAAUGGAAUACCAGGCUGGCUUGUACUUCAUUAGCAAUGAGAUUACAUUUUUUUGUGAAA